CGCAUGCAAACUAGCUACCAAACGGAUAAAUAGCAUGGAAUAAAGAAUAUGAAAUAUGGAAUGGCUGGGGAUUUUCAUCUCGGUUCCGCCCCGAAAUAGGCAACCCUCCGCAAAUCCGUCCCUACCAUCCCAAUCCCAGGCGUGACGACGUCAACGUGCAGAAACGCGAACUCCAUCGGGUCGUGAAUUGUCAUAACGUAGACAAAUUAUUUCGGGGGAGGAGAGGCUCUGCUUCUCUAUCUCCUUCAUUAUCUCCACUAAAGGUGUCAAAAGUGUCACUUCUUUUAGCCUAAUGGUGCAGAUCUGAAUAGGUAAAGCUAUAGGUAUAGACUUCUACACCCCAAAUCUCCCACAUGGCCUCUGAUCUCUUUCUCUCAGAGGCCCCUCCCCUCAGCCCAGCCUGGCUAGCCUACGAAAAGGCAAAGGGCCACAUCAACGCCCCAGGUCCCCAAGAAGACAUCUCCCGCGCCGACGCCCUCCGACUCCGCCAACGGAGCUACGCCAAAACCUGCCGCGACCGCAAUGAACAUCUGGCCUCUCCCACUGGCCCCUCCCACGCCCUCCUCUGCGACAUCCAAACCCACCCCGACUCCACCCAGUCCCCUGACGGCGCCACAAUCCACCUCCGCAUCUACAUCCCCACCGCGCUCACGCACCCCCAGGAUUUCAUCAUCUACUACCACGGCGGCGGCCUCUGCGUCGGAGACCUCGACAGCGAGGACCUCCAGUGCCGUCGCCUCGCGAAGGAUCUGGGCAUCAAAGUCGUCUCAGUCGAGUACCGCCUCUUCCCCGACUACUCCCCCGAUACCGCCGUCGCCGACGCCUGGGCCGCUUUCCUCGGCAUCGCUAAGCUGUGGAAAUACAACACCGACCAGCAACCAGGACGCGUCUACAUAGUCGGCAGCUCCUCCGGCGCCCAACUCGCCGCGCAAACCGCACAGCGCGCACGCGGCACUCCAUAUCUCAUCUCCGGCCUUGUCAUCCGCUGCCCCGUCACCGUCGACGCGAGUAAAGGCGGCGUCUCGAUCCCGCAGCGCUACGAAGAUCGCCACACGAGUUUCAGCCCCUCAUUCGGGACGAGUCUGCUCGGUUUCGACGCGGAUAACCACCUCCCUAUGGCGAGGGAUAUGCCAUUGAACGCUGAUAACUUUGCGGGAAUGCCGCCGACGUUCCUGCAGCUGUGCACGAAUGAUAUCUUUUAUAGCGAUGGGGCGUGUUAUGCUGAGGCGGUGGAGGAGGCGGGGAAUGAGCUCGUGACGGAUGUGAUGGUGGGGUGGCCGCAUACGUUUUGGUUGAAGGCGCCGGAGUUGGAGGAGGCGGGGGAGGCGGAUGGGAGGGUGAUUGGGUGGUUGAAGGAGAGGGUUGGGUGUCAGUAAAUGAGGGGUGUUGAUGGGGGCGUUUUAGAUGAGAUGAGAUACCAAGCGAUAGAGGGAGAUACCAUACAAGGGGCUGGCACCAUUUAUAGCUACAGGAUGAGAUGUGUCCGAUAGUCAAUCCAAUCAUAAAUCAAUUCAAUUCAUUCGUAUCCGAG